AUGACGACGAAGGCCGCCAGUAAGGUGGUAAAACAGUUAGCUGGCAGUGGAACGGGUCAAAGUUUAAUGGACCGGGUCACACAAGCCAAAUAUAGUCUUGCAGGAUCCGGUCUGGGUAAAGUUGUGGCGAAAGCAACGACGGAGGAGAUCGGAGCCCCGAAGAAAAAACACAUAGACUAUCUCGUCAACUGCAGUAAUGAACCGAAUGUAUCUAUUCCACUUCUUGCUGGAUUGCUUGUGGAGCGUACACAAGAAAAAUCCUGGAAAUUUUCGCAUUAUCUUGCUUCCAAUAACUGUCCAAUGAAUCUGCCGAACUUCAAUGACAAAAGCAGUGCGCAAUCCUACGAGAUGUCAUUGUUCAUCCGCCGUUAUUCGCGGUAUAUCAGCGAGAAGAUAUCCUCCUAUCGAGCUAUGGCUUUUGAUUUCUGCAAAGUUAAACGCGGACGAGAUGAUGGUGUUUUACGAACCAUGCCAGUUGAGAAGCUUCUAAAGGCGCUUCCGGUGCUCUCCGAACAGCUCGGUGUGCUACUUGAAUUUGACGCACUUGAAAAGGAUCUGAACAACGCAAUAAUUAAUGCCGCUUUUCUGCUAUUAUACAAGGAUCUAAUACGGUUGUUCGCCUCCUACAACGAGGGCAUGAUGAAUCUGAUUGAAAAGUACUUCUCCCUGAGGCGUAAACAGUGUCGUGCCGGCCUGGAUUUGUACCAUGCUUUCCCCGAUUUACAAGCCAAACUCACGGAGUUCUUGUCAGUUGCUGAGAGUUUGGGAAUCGGGGACAAGGACAGUCUUGGUUUGCAGCCAGUUCCACCUAAGGUGAUUCAGGCCAUGGAGCAGCAUCUAGCAAUUUUAGAGAGCAAAAAGGGCUCCGAUGAUGAAGAUGAAACUGCCACUGAACACCCGGCACGACCUACGGCGCCAAAAAAGCCUACAGUAUCCGUACCACUUCCGCAGGUAAAGCCAGCUGUUCCGCAAAAACCAACCGUUCCACCUUCACCUACACGAACCCCGGUCAAAUCGCAUGAAACACCCGUGCAUUCACAUGAAACAGAACCAGAGCAAGAAGCUACAAGGUCAUCAACACCUGAGGCAGAUCAGCAAGAGGCGACCGCCGUAUGUCCAGCUGUGAUAGUGAAUGAUGAAGAUGGUGUACCGUCAGAAAUGCAAGCCGAAAUCAUUGCUACAGCUACGAAUCAUUUCUCCGACUCAAUCAUCAAAAGCAACGAGGCCGUGAAACGAUCCGUUCAGCAAACGACUAUUAGCACUCCGGUCCACACACAAUUUGGCCGCAACAAAACCGAGCCACGUUCUGUCACGAUUCACUCGGUAUCCCCGGCGCGUUCAAGAAGCCCUUCACCUGCACGACCUCCGCGUCCUCAUCCUGAACAACCGGUCCCCGAUCAGCCAGCAAGUGACGGUGAACUUGAAGGCACCAACCCGGAAAUCGGCACCGAACUAGCGCAGUCAAAGCGAAACCUAUCCCUUCUGGGUCUAAACGAGAAACAGCAAGAUGGAAGCGUCUCACCGAUUUGUGCGAGCCCAUUUGCUGCAGACGAGCAGGAUGGCGAACCAGCCAGUGGACCACCGGCUUGGCCCGAAGUUCCUGAUCAACCGGAUCAGUCAGGCUUUAAAGCUGCAUUCGAAUCUUCCAGCACUCAGCAACCACCUGCAGAUGUUUCGGCGCCACCGCCUGCUCCCGUGUCACAUGGCUCAGCCCUAGAUGAUCUGCUUGGGCUUGAUCUGCUCGGUUCGGAAGGCGGGGAAUCGGUCAGCAUCACCCCCACCCCAGUCGUCGUUGACAACAAAGCAUCUACAGCUCCAACUUCGGAAUCUAAACCCGCUAGUUACGGAUUAGAUGAUCUGCUGUCAUUGGAUCCGUUAUUAAGCGGCAACGCGCCUGAGAGUACGACAACUUCGCAGCUACAACCCUCGCCUGGCGCUAACUUACUAGCAGGUCUAAAACAAGUCGACUCGACUAUUCCCAUACGCCCGGCAGCACCAGCCUCAUCGCAGAACAAGAAUCCGCUGGACGCAUUGGAUAGCACGCUCAUGAAUUUGGCCUCAAGUUUGGGCGGACAGCACGGAUGGGGUUCCAGUAACCCUAAGGUAUCCACCACUUGUCAUGUUGAUCCACAGGUUAUGUUUUCAUCAUAUAUCAUUCGGAGCUCGAUCGACUGUUUUCUUCUAACGGCUCUGUUGGGUACAGCACAUUUAUAA